AUGGAGAAAAUCAUCUACGACUUCUACUCUGAUCUCUUCGACACCCAUGUCCACUUGCCUCCUCACCAUCUGAGGGAAGACGGACGUGUCAUUCCAGAGGUUCCCCAUCCGAAGUACGACAUGCUAUCUUGUCGCGAGGACGUUCGUAGUCUCUUUGAGAGGGAAUGUUCUAUAAUGCUCGAGUGCAGAACUUGCAAAAGCAUUUUUCGUAGUUUCAUCAACUUCUUCUCCCACAAACGAGGUUUCUGCAGAUCAGAGACGUGCGAAAAUAAAAAUGGUCAUUUUCCUCCUUCCUCUCCCAAAAGAAUUGUUGGUCUUCGACGAACCAAUUUGUCUAAACAUGUGUUCAAAAAAUUGGGAGUCGCUGAAAUAUCUGGGAUCAACGAAACUCCUAUUUCGCUCUUCGUUCAUACACUUCCAAGUCUUCGACGAGAGGUUGUUUCAGUAGUGGAGUGCGAUGGCACAUAUAAAAUAUGCUUGCCCACCCUCACGUACGAUGGAUCGGAUAUUCCUUCUGACAGAGUCCUGCUCUUGCGUCCACAGGCUAAUCCGACGAGAUAUCGUGGAAUGAAUCUACGCCUGCGCUUAAAAAACGACAUUACCAGGCCGAUAUCACAUGAAGAGGUCGAAUGCAUAGAACGCCUUUUGAAGUAUUUUCCUGAGGCUUUGGCGUACCACAUGUCAGUAAAACACACCUUAAGAGAGGAAAAGUCUGUGGCGAUACCGUGUCUUCUUUGUUCAAAGAAGUUCAUAACUACAUCUCUUCUUUACACACAUAUAAGACAGAAACACGCCAGAGUGAAAAAUGAGCACAUCGCCUACCGUAUGAGAGAAACGGACGAUUCUUUGUACAGAAGAAAGGGGAGAAGAGUGAAAUCGAAAAAUAUGCAACGAGAGUGCCAGAUUCGUGUUCGUUCCCGCAGCCUAAGCCCAGACUGCAAGGAAGAACUUUUUGACUCGAGCGAAAUCAUCACUGCUAACAAAGAGGGAAAUUCAGUUUCAAAACAAAAGGAAAAGCGUAUCAAUGAACAUGGUGAAUCAUGUCUGGAUCAAACAUGCUUCACCACUGGAGUUGGCUGCGAAGACAGGUCACCGGGCAAACUUCUCCCACCGAAACGAGAUGGAGAUAAAGGAGGCCGGAGCAAUUCGAAUUGUUCGAAUAUAUACAGCGAUGAGGAGAAAGUGGUAGACACCAACGUAUUAAGAAAGCGACGUAAACGAAAAAUCCCAGCACGCUACAGAGAUGAUGAUUUCCAAAUCCACGUUAAGGAAAGUGAACAAUCAAAGGUUUACUCAAAGUUGCAGCGUUUCAACUCGUGGACGGCUUCGGACUUGUGUACAAAAAAUACCAUUUGCACCGCAAGGUAUUCAGAUUCAAUGACAAGUGAUGUAAGUGAGGUUGUAAGUCGUCUUGUAAAAACCGUAAGCGGUCUCCUGUCUUUAGAGAGUUCAAGUGUGGCAAACUUAACAUCGUUUCGUUCGAAAUCAUCGAGACAGCGUAGAAGGCCAGACUGGAUGGAUAAUGAGGAUUUCGUUAUUGUAGAAGAUAGAAAGCUGGCAGCAAGUGUGAAGCGGCUUGGUGGUGUGCUGGUUGGUGAUGGAGAUUGCGGAAAUUGCGAGUCGGCGGUGGCGGAGAAAGGUUUCAAUGCAUAUGUGCCCUUCUGCACACAACACAACUCAAUCGCCAAAGCCCAUAACCUGAAAGGUCAACUGCCUGAAGAGAGCAUGGAAUCUUCGGCAACAACCAUUCGUUUCGUCACGAUGAACUGCCGGACACUAGUGAGUGAACUCCAACAAGCCGCCUGUCUAGGCUUCUGCCUGUGUGACUAUCUCUGUGUGACUUUCGCUGCACUGCAGGAAACACGCAUCAGAGAUCGGCCCAUCAUCAGCAUCGAAAAUUACACCUUGUACUGCGGCGAUGCUGAUGAGAACAAAGUAGGUGGCUGCGCGAUAGCUGUUAGGAACGAUUACAACAACCUGGUAGAGGAAUUUGGCUCAACGUCGUCUAGAUGCGCCUUUCCACCACUGCGGGAUCGCAGAGGACGUAAACUCUGUAUCGUAAGUGCUCACGCACCUGCGGAAACCGCUGAGGACAACAGUAAGGACGCCUUCUAUGAUGAACUCAAUGCGUUGAUGUUCAAAAUGCAAAGCCAGCAGAUGGUCACUGUCGGAAUCGACGCAAAUGCGAAGAUGGGACUCGAACAGCAAUCCGAUGUGCUAGGAAAAUGGUAUUAUCCGGCGGGGCGCAGGUCGGCGCAGGACGGUGACUGUCUCAUCGACUUAUGCGAACAGACGGACCUCAUCAUCGCUUUAAGAGGAAUCACCGACGCCAUCAGCUCACGUAGCAGGGAACGAAAAAAAUGUUCUCCUGUCCUUAACACUGCCAAUGGAGUGGCUGUCGGUGAAGCAACCCUUCCAAUUUGGAACGAUCACUUCAAAACCUUGCUGAACCAGCAAGCACCGUCAGCUCCCGAACUUGAGCACGUUCAUAGGUCGACAUAUGCGGUUAACGAGGAACCACCGUCGGAGGUUCUGGUCUGUAUCCAAGAGAUGAAAAAUGGAAAAUCUGGUGGAAAGGACAGGAUUAGCGCAGAAAUGCUGAAAUAUGUUCCUCCGUCUGGGAUUCCCGCGUUCGACUCUCCUCACCGAGGCCGUCUUCUUAACGCGCUCCGCGCCUAUGGAGUACCAGGAAAGUUCGUUCGCUUGCUUGAUGACAUGAAUCAACAAAUAACUGCUGCAGUACCAACAGUAGGCGGAUGUACAAUCCGCAGACGUCGCCUUAGCACCAUCAGGCCUAUGGACUACAUCCGCAAGCAGAUGUGGAUCUCUUCGAGACCUCGAGCAGGAAUCAGGGUGGACGGACAACCGAUCAAACUCGUCGAUGAGUUCUGUUACCUGGGCUACAACCUGAAGAACAACGGCUACUACGAAAAAGAUAUUCAGCAAAGAAGCGCUAAGGCCGCUUCCGCAUUCAACUCCUUAACGAAAUGCCUGUGGUCGACCACCAUCACCAAUGAAGUCAAGUGCGAGUCUAUCUAUCAGCAAUUCGCCCCAUGA